AAAUCUCAUUUGGCGAGCAUAGAAUCGAACGCUACCUAGGAAGGUUUAGAAGAGCAGCCAGGAGCUUCAGCGAAGUGAUAUGGCGGGAGCAGCAGAAGGACAAAAGAGACCUGGAGGCAGACCAAUGCCUCCUUCCGGUAGAGGCCUUCCUCCUCCUCCGCCUGGACCUCGUUUUCCUCCUGUCGAUCGCGAAAAGACUUGCCCAUUAUUGCUGCGAGUUUUCACCAAGAUUGGAGGUCAUCAUACCAAGGAAGAUUUUGCAGUGAGAGGCAAGGAGCCUAAGGAUGAGGUUCAAAUUUAUACUUGGAAGGAUGCUACUCUUCGUGAAUUAACUGAUCUGGUAUACGUCAAAGAGGUGGCACCAGCAGCCAGAAGAAGAGACAUAAGACUGUCUUUUGCUUUGGUUUAUCCUGAUAAAAACGGCCGUUUUGUUGUGCGAGAGGUGGGGAAGACAUUCUCUUUUGGAUCAGGGAGACGAUUAGAUGAUACUAAAGCAUUAGCCGAGCUCGACUUUCAGAUUGGAGACUAUUUGGAUGUUGCAAUUCUGUAGGGAACAUCUAUAUUAUCACUAAGUUGUGCUAUCACUGCUAGGUUGAUUUAGGAGUCCCAUGUAUCCUUAGAUGUUGGGAUGGGUGAUUCUAUUUACAAUGCGACUGCGAACCAUCCAUCCAUCCGUGCUGUGUUUGCUUAGUUAAGAGAGUGUUUUGAAGUGAAGUGGUGUCAUGUACUGUGUUUCUUCCAAUGCUAUCCAUCCUUUUAUACACUUCCA